AUGGAACUCUACUCUUGUUUCUAUACCUCCAAAGAUAUCACUUAUGAGGAGGUUACUGGUAUACCUCCAAAGUUAUGGGGGAGACUUAUUCUCACAUUCUUAUGCUGCUUCUUGUUCUUGGCUAUAUACACCUCUCUGGCUCUGGGUUUCUCGUUGUUAACGUUUCGAGCCGAGGAACGGAGGAUUUGGCCUUCGAUAUUAAUAACUUGUUGGGCUAUUCCUUUCUUCGCCGAAUUAGCUUACAUGAUGGUUGUUUGUAACAUCGCAACAGUAGUUACGGUAUUAGAAGAGGACUGUUAUGGUAGCGAAGCCUUGUGGAAGAGUAUGGAUCUAACUGAGGGUAAGGAGUGGGUUUCUCGUGCUGUCUUUGGAUUGCUUGGAAUCGCAUUUACUGGUAUAUCUUUUACUUAUUACCUGUCUGUUUAUGGAGAUUGUUUGGUGGGUAAAGUAGUUGGGGGAAUUGGUCUUCAUUUGUUGUUAGCUAUUUGCGUUCAUUUCCUGCUUGUUGUUCAUACUGUGCUUUACUUCGUCUGCAAAUCGUACCACAACGAAGACAUAUCUACUGUUUCGACUCACUUUGAGAUCCUUGUUAUCCAUUUGGGUAAGGAAAAAGACGUUCAAUUAGAGCGAGUACCUGCAGUUUGA